AUGGGAGCAGAAACGGACCCUGAGAGGCCUCCUCGUACAACCAACAUCCUCGAACUCUUCUGUGUCUCCAGAAAUUCCUUCUCCUUCUCAGUGUUCUUCUUCUUCCUCUCUUCCAGAUCCUCGAACUCUUCUGUGUCGCCAGAAACUCCUUCUCCUUCUCAGUCUUCUUCUUCUUCUUCCUCGUCUUCUUCUUCUUCCUCCAGGAUAUGCCAGAUCUCCAAAUUUUUGAAAUCUUUUGGAUCACCUGCCUGCUCUAAACUUGAUGGCGGCAGUGUGAGUUUAACUCAUCAUAUGGAUUCCAGUCUGAGGACUUUCAAUGCCUGCUCUGAUCGUGAUGGCGGCAGCGAGAGUUCAUCUUGUGAAUUGGAUCCUAGUCUGAUGGCUGUCAAUACCUGCUGUGACCUUGAUGGUGGCGACGAGAGUUCAUCUUGUUAUCUGGAUUCCAAUCUGAUGACUGUCAAUGCCUGCUCUGAACUUGAUGGCGGCAGCAACAGUUCAUCUUGUGAAUUGGAUCCUAAUCUGAUGACUUUCAAUGCCAGCUCAGAACUUGAUGGUAGCAGAGACAGAUCAUCUUGUGAUUUGGAUUCCCAUCUGAUGACUUCCAAUGCCAGCUUUGAUCUUGAUGGCGGCAGCGAGAGUUCCUCUAAUGAUCUGGAAUUUCAUUUGAAGACAGAAGACGAUAGCUAUGACCACGACCACGACCAGGACCCACCUCGUUUGGACAACCCAGAUGGACCCUGCCAGCUAUUUAGAAAUAAACUAGAAGAGAUCGACCAAAAGACCCAGGACCUCCUCCAGAUCAUCGAAGAGAAGAAUAAGAAGGAGGCAGACCUUAAUGAAACAAUUAGGCAGCUCAACCAGGAACUGAUCAACGAAAAGACCUCUUGUGCCAAAAACCUCCUACACCUUCAUGAGGAGGCUGAACUUCUUAAAAUCGAAGAAGUUCUGGCCAAGGAAAGAGAGUCAUUUAAAGAAUUACAAAAGCAAAUGGAAGAUGAAAAGGAAGCGAUGGAAAGACUAGCAUUAGAAAAAGAAGAGAAUCAGAAUGUCUUGCAAAUCCGAGAGCAACAGAUCUUGGAGAAGGAACUUGUUAUUAAGGAUUUGGUAAAACAGAACAAGACACUUAAGGAAAACAUGGACAUGAUGAAGGACGACCUGGAACAAACCCGAAGGCAGCAAAUUUCGAAGGAGGCUGAACUUAUUAAGAUCGAAGAAGUUCUGGCUAAGGAAAGAGACUCAUUCAAGGAGGCCAAGGAAAGACUCUUAGAAGAAAAGCAACAGAAGGAACGAGUGAUCGAAGAUUUGGAAAUGCAAAACAAAGUUCUUCAGGAAAACUUGGAUACACUGCAGGAAGACCUUGAAGAUCUUAGAUUACAACAAAUCUCGAAGGACUGGAAUAUUGAAGAUUUGGAGGAUAAGAACGAGAAUCUUAGGAUGAACAUGGCCAAGGUACAACGAGACCUCGAACGGACGAAGGCUGAGAAGGAGGAGAGAGAACAACACAUGAAAGAUCAAGAGGUACUCGCAGAGGAAACGAAUGUUGCAGUAAAGAACCUGCAGGGGGAGCUGCACCAAAUCAGGCUGGACAAGAGCCGAAUGGAACGCCAACUGGCUGAAGCCAGGGAUAUGCUCGGCAGAGUGAGAAAGGAAAAUACAGAAAAAAAGGAAAAGAUGGCUGCUCUCGAAAGAGAGAUUGAAGACCAGGAGAGGCUGCAAAAGGUUGCUUCCACAAGAGACAAUGAAGAACAUCUGAAAAGGAUUGAAAAGAUGACUGCCUUAGAAAUAGAGAAUGAAGGUCUUUGGAAAGGGAUUGAAAAGAUGGAGAAAAAUUAUAAAACUCUGCUUCUUGAGGCCCAAGCUCAAACUCAGCUCAAAGAAGACGAAGCAAGGAGACUCGCAUUAGAGCUUGAGGGCCAAAAUCGAGCACUAGAAAAUCUCCAGACUGAGAACAAAAAGUUGAAGGAUUUAGUGAAAGAAAAGCGAGGAGUAAUCGACUCCCUGAAGAGAGAAAAGGAAGCGCCAGCAGCCAAGAUGGUGGCUGAUUUAGAGAGGCUGCGGAAGGAGUGUGCUGAGAAGGACAUACGAAUCAACGAACAGGGAAUGCUCUUACGAACUCUGAAGGCCGAGAAACACCAAAUGAGCAAAGAUCUGGAGGAGAUGAGGAGGAUCUGCAACGAAAUGAAGGAAAAGAGAGAAGACAAAGGACAAAUGACAUUCAUAGGCAAAGGACUCUUCGCCUAUAUGAAUGAUCUGAAUGAUGCUGCCUUCAAUGUCUUCUCAGAGGCCUUGGCCAACAGUUCCUUCACCAACGAAGGCUCUGCUGCACAUCCUUCGGGCUAA